AUGACGUCUCUCCUCAAGCAAUCGGUCAAGCUCGCCCUCGUCCAGCUUGCUUGCACCGCCGACAAGGCGCACAACCUCUCGCACGCGCGCUCAAAGGUCCUCGAGGCGACCAAGCGCGGCGCAAAGAUCGUCGUCCUCCCCGAAUGCUUCAACAGCCCCUACGGCACAAAGUACUUCCCACAAUACGCUGAGACUCUACUCCCCUCGCCGCCUACAGAAGCCCAAUCACCCACCUUCCACGCGCUAUCAAAGCUCGCCAAAGAGGCGAACGUGUACAUUGUCGGAGGAAGUAUACCUGAGCUUGUCGAAGAAGAAGGCGCUAAAGGUGGAGAUGGGAAGGAUGGGAAGAAGUGGUACAACACAAAUCUGACGUUUGCGCCGAGCGGAGAGCUGCUGGCCACGCACCGCAAAGUGCACCUCUUCGACAUCGACAUCCCGGGUAAGAUCAAGUUCAAAGAAAGCGACGUGCUUUCGCCAGGAAAUAAGAUCACGCUUGUCGAAAUCCCAGAGUAUGGGAAAAUUGCCAUCGCCAUCUGCUACGACAUUCGCUUCCCGGAGCUCGCGACUAUCGCUGCGCGCAAGGGCGCGUUCUUGCUGUUAUACCCUGGAGCGUUUAAUAUGACGACGGGUGCGCUGCACUGGGAAUUGCAAGCCAGGGCGCGGGCGAUGGAUAAUCAGGUCUUCGUUGGGCUGUGCAGUCCAAGUCGGGAUAUGGAGGCCGAUUACAAUGCUUGGGGACAUAGCAUGAUAGUCGAUCCGAAUGCUGAGAUAUUGGAGGAGCUAGACGAGAAGGAGGGCAUCGUUGUACAGGAGCUGAAGGCGGGAAGGAUAGAAGAGGUCAGGAAGGGUAUCCCGCUGUACACGCAAAGAAGAUUCGAUGUAUAUCCGGAUGUGAGCGAAGGAGGGAGGUUCAAGGAAUGA